AUGCACGAUUUCUGCUUCACGAUCCCGUAUGGGAUCCUCCUGGUGGCCGGCGGCGUGAUCGGAUACGUUAAGAAAGGCAGCGCAGCUUCACUCGCUGGUGGCGCCGGCACCGGAUUGGUGCUCAUCCUCGCCGGAUACCUCAGCCUUCAAGCCUAUCACAAGCGCAGAAGCUCUUACUUUGCUCUGUUUCUCGAGUUAGCUGUUGCUUCCCUGCUAACAUAUGUCAUGGGACAGCGGUACAUGAAGACUGGGAAAAUAAUGCCAGCUGGUAUAGUUGCUGGGAUCAGUGUGGUGAUGGUUGUGUUCUAUCUUUACAAGAUUGCAACUGGUGGGAAUCAUAUUCCUCCAAAAACCGAGUAA